CUCUUCUGUAUGAUCACUUCUUCACUUCCCUAAUUCUUCAACAUGGAUUUACAAAAGACAGCACAUGUUGUUUUGCUUUCAAGCCCAGGCAUAGGGCAUCUCAUCCCCAUCAUCGAACUUGGGAAACGCUUCCACAUCCACCACAACUUCAAAGUCACAAUCCUCGUUAUCACUUCCCAAACCUCACAAGCUGAAUCACAAAUCCUCAAAUCAGCUACCAAUCCCUCCCUCUACACCAUCAUUCCAAUCCCAUCAUCGAACAUUUCAGCCACCGCCGUCUCCACUCGCAUCCGCCUAACAAUGCGUCAUUCCAUACCUUCCAUAAAAUCUGCCCUCAUAAACUUACCACUACGCCCUUCCGCCUUCAUUGUAGACAUAUUCGGUACAGAAUCUUUAAUCUUAGCAAAAGAACUCAACAUUCCGAAAUUCGUCUAUGUAGCUUCACACGCUUGGUAUCUUUCCCUGUUUGCGUAUUCACCCGUUUUGGACAAACAAAUCGAAGGACAAUACGUUGAUCAGAAAGAACCGUUGAAAAUCCCAGGUUGUAAAUCGGUUCGACCAGAGGAUUUGGUUGAUUCAAUGAUGGACCGAAACAACUUGCAGUAUAAAGAGUACUUAAUCACAGCGAACAAUCUUUGUAAAAGCGACGCCGUUUUGGUUAACACGUGGAAUGAACUUCAACAUAGAGAGCUUAAAGCACUAAAUGGUGAAUUAUCGUGUUUGUUGAAAAUUCCUGUCUUUGCAGUUGGACCCAUAGUGAGACAAACUAAGUCAAAAACGGAUCAACAUACUGAGUCAAUGAUGAGAUGGCUUGAUAAACAACCAAAGGAGUCUGUUGUUUAUGUUUCAUUUGGGAGCGGUGGAACAUUGUCCUAUGACCAAAUGAAGGAAUUAGCUUUUGGUUUAGAGUUAAGUGAACAAAGAUUUAUUUGGGUGUUGCGCGCGCCUAGGGGAGAUGAUGCGGAUGGGGCAUUUUUCACCACUGGAUGUAGUGAUCGGUUUGAUGAGAUACAAAAGCAAUUGCCAGACGGAUUUUUGGAGAGGAUUAAAAAUUUAGGUAUGUUAGUUCAGGAGUGGGCCCCACAAGUAAAUGUUUUGAAACACGGUUCAAUUGGUUGUUUUAUUUCGCACUGUGGGUGGGGUUCUGUGCUUGAGAGUUUAACCAAUGGUGUGCCUAUUAUUGCUUGGCCGCUUUACGCGGAGCAAAGGAUGAAUGCGACAAUGUUGGUGGAGGAGCUUGGUGUGGCGGUCAAGACUACGCUGUCUCCGACUAAAAAUGUGGUGGGCAGGGAGGAGAUAGCGAGCUUGGUGAAAAAGGUAAUUUUGGUGGAACGAAAUGGAAAGAGCAACCGUAUGACGGAAAGAGUGAGAGAGAUUAAGGUUAGUGCAGAGAAAGCUUUGUGUGAGGGUGGUUCUUCAUACAAUACAUUGUCUAAAGUGGCAAAAAUAAUUAACAAACAAGAUUUUAUUAGUCUUUCAUUAAAUGUCGAUAUGAGGGAUGAGAUAAAAGACUAGAAAAUUAGUGAAAAUAUUAAUAUUGUUAGCUGAUCGAGUGUUAUUUUCAUAUUGGCUAUGGUACUUUUCUUGUUUCAUGUUAUCAAAUUAGAGUCUUUAAAAUUAAU